UUUAUCUUGAUCCUGUUUAACACGAGUAAGAUGGAGUCCCUGUUUGAGUUUCAAAUUCUUUAUUUUUUUUCGCGCGAGUAUUUCCAGCGCCACCAGGCGUUCACUUUAUGUAUUUUUCAAUAUGGCGAAUAUAACAAUUCUAAUAGAACGCAUCUUUUUUAUUAUACCUAAAUUUUUUGUGUAAAUCCAGCUUAAAAUUAUCAACAUGGUCCUUCGUAACGGAUAUUUUGUGUAAAAAGUCAAUUGGACUUUAAUGUGUGGUUUUUGUGAACAAAAAGUCUUUACAAAGUGAACAAAAUAAACUCGAAAAAUUGUGUGAUCAAAAGGCACAUGUUUUCUAAUCGCAUAGUGUAUCGUUGAAUUUUCUAUUAUGUGGUGUCGUUACAAAGGCACAAAAAGAAGCAUUUUAUGAACAAUUUACAAUUGCAAUUUGAUAUUUUGAACAAAAGUGUCUGUAGACCAACCACAAAAUACAAGUUCGUUUAUAAUAAAUCGCCGUAUUCAACAUCGCCACGAGGUCUAGACUGUAGAGAAAAGCCAUUCUCGUUUGUUUGUGAACAAAUUGUUUAUUCAUCGAUUAAAACUACUAAAAUUUAUUUUUGCUGAGAAUCUACGUCGAUCAACCUUGGCUUUAUCGUGAUAUCAUUGGGCCCUGGAACAAGAAGGGCAAUAUUUCGUUUAUGUCAAGCAUCCAAGCCGUCUCGACAAUACUUGCUAUGGAAGGAGAUCAGCGCCAUUUGCAAAAAACAGAAUAUUGGUACCGGAUGUGACAGUGAAUGAGACGUUGGAUCCUAAUGUACUAGCAACAUCUUUAACAACAUCUCAAGAAUUAUAUCAUUAUACGAAUCAAGAUCCGUUAAAUGCAAUGAGUAACAGACACGAUAUAUUUUACACUGAACAGAAACAUGAAGUUAAUAAAGACAAUGAUUUAAAAUUCAAAAACGAAAUAUUAGAGAGAUUAGACAAUAUAGAGAAACAGAAUAAAAGAAUUCUUGAAAUUUUAAAUGAUAUGCGUGGCGAUCCUGAAAAGUUCGUGGAGGAAACUUUGUAUCAACCGCUGACAGGUUUUCCUUUGAAGACAAUGGAAGAGUUUGAAAGUUUGGAAACCGAUAAGAAUAAAGAGAAUCGGCAAAAACUACAUGAUCAUUUAGUACGAUUGGGAGGGUCUAGAUUAAAAGAAUUUCUCAGCGGUGGACUUAAGGGAAUAAUGGAUGACCAAUUAGUUGCAAAAUUUACUUGGCAUAAGACAAAAGAUACAGAGAAAUUCGGUGACACUAAAGUGUCCAACAUAUUUUAUCGAGCUGCUAUUAAAUGUCCUUUAUUCGAUGGUCCCACAAAUAAAGAGAUUUAUAAACAAACAAUGUUGGAGGUACUUAAAAGCACUAAACAACGUUUUAGAAAUAAAAUCAAAAAAGAGUUAAAUCAGAGAGAUGAUGCGAAUAAAAAAAAGAGAAUAUAGUUGUAGAAAUUA